CCAGCUGCAGUUCUAGCCUUCUCUUUCUCUUCGACAUGAAAAUUCUCUGACUUAUCAUCUCUUCAGGAAAAAAACUAUCAGGGGUUUUAGAGAAAUAGGUACCGCAGAAGGCCGGAAAUAUGUCUAAUUUAGAAAAUGAAUCAGGAUUUAAUUACUGGUUUCAAUGGCAAGUUCCAGUAUGUGCAUUAAUCAUCAUAAUUCCACCAAUUAUAUCUCUAGUGUUGAUUUAUAAAUCGAGAAAAUCACCUUUAAAUGUUUAUGAUCUAUGGGUUCCUUGUUGGAAAAAUCUUAAUCCAAUAUGGAUGUUGAUUUAUAGAGCUUCGGUGGUUUUUAUCAUGUCUUGUUUCUUAUCUGUGGUUAUCAACAUACAUGGAGCUUUUGCAUUCUACUUCUACACUCAGUGGACUUUCGCGUUAGUGAUUUUAUAUUUUGUGUUGGGAACCAUUUUCUCCGCUCAGGGAUGUUGGGUGUAUUUAAAGACAUCUAAGGCCGAAAAUGAGGAAGGCAGUGAAUUUUUGAAAAGGGAAGGGGAUGAGACCGAAUCUAAUGCAAAGGCGAGUUCUGGGUUAAAAAAGGGUCUUAAUAAAUUGAUGAAAACUCAUCAUGAUUGUAUAGGGAGCAAGCGAAAUGCUAGGUUUGGGGGUUAUUUGAUGCUAACUGUAUAUCAGACUAGUGCUGGUGCUGUGUUGCUGACGGACAUUGUCUUUUGGUGCAUUCUCGUACCAUUUCUCACAGCUGAUACCUUCAGAGUGACCCGGUACAUGGCUUGCAUGCAUUCUCUAAAUUUCGUGUUUUUUCUACUCGACGUCGCUCUCAACAAACUCCCAUUCCAUUCAUUUGGACUGGUCUAUUUUUUGAUCUGGAGCGGUGCGUACACAGUUUUUCAAUGGAUUCUUCAUGCUUGUGGUUUUACAUGGUGGCCUUAUCCUUUCCUCGAGCUCUCAACUCCGUGGGCACCUCUUUGGUAUUUCGCACUGACUCUAGUUCAUAUCCCUUGCUACAGUAUUUCCCCCAUGCUUAUUUGGGGUCAUCACAGGGCUUAGUUUAGCAUAUUAUGUAUAAACCACUCACUGUCAAGGGAUUGAUUCUUUAGGCACAAUAGAACUCCAUCAUGAAACUGCUCCAUGAUAUACAAGGGUCCACGGAUGAGAAUUCAAGUUGAAAAUAAAUUUUAUGUUGGACCAGCCACUAAUAUAAAAUGGCUAAAUUUAUUUGCAAUUUCUAAGUAGAAAUGUAAUGUAACACAUUCUGGUAAGUUAUGUGUCUAAACUGCCGUCUCUCCCACUCUCAGAUUUCUAUCUUUUACAACUGCAUUGACCAAUUGAAGUGUUCAGUUGAGAAAACAAGGUUUUUCAGGAAGAACCUGUGGCAAUGUUAACAUGCUAAGAGUUGCACUGGUUCAAUUGGCUAGAAGUGAGACUGUGGUCUGUGGAUAUCUCCUGAACUCUGUUUUCCAGAAUCCUAUUUGGGGUAGACAGUCUAUGUCUGCUACUCCGCAUAAAAAGGACCCGGGACUAGGACUUGGUAACCUCCUGCUGAAGGGCUUGUAUAAGUAAAUUUUGAGUCAAUUUUGAUGACUCAUCUGCAGUGUACCAACGCUAGCAGACCCAAGGGCAAUUCAAGAAGAAAUUAGAUGGAAGGAGGUUGGCAAAAAUACAGGCUAUGUUAAUAAGCAAUUAUUUUCAAAUCAGCCAUGUUAAUAGCUCAUCCCAGGAGGAGGUGGUGGAUUAGUACUGAGUAUAUGUUGAACUGCGCAUUCGAAGGACGGAAAACGGAAAUUAGUCGUAACCUAUUAAACUCUUGUCCCUGGUUCUGAAAUGAAACUUUCAAGAGUGGAACGCAAUUAGGAGAAAGAUGGAAGACACAAGUAUUUUAGUCAGCAUACAUAAAUCUUAUGUGAAAGAACUAAUCACCA